AUGCACGCUGCAUCUAAAGGACAGAAACAAACCGUACAACUUUUGCUUGAGAGAGGAGCUGAUAUAAACAGUGUAUACAACAAUAAUCAAAACGCUAUAAUGGCCGCUGCUGCAAAUGGAUAUAACGAAAUAGUGAAGCUACUACUUAAUAAUAAAGCUAAAGUCAAUAGCAAAAACAGCAAAGGUCAAAACGCUUUUAUCUUUGCUGCUGCCAAUGGACAUAAAAAAACAGUUCAGCUACUUAUUACAUGUAACGCUACCGUUAUUGGUAGAGUAAAAAAUAAAACGUGUAUCCGACUCCCUCAAGACGAUAAUCGCAAAACUGCAUUAAUGUAUGCUGCUGAAAAUGGACAUACGGACAUUGUAAGAUUGUUACUUAAAAAGUACCGUAACGUUAACAAGCAAGACCGAGACGGACGCAGCGCUCUGAUGUUCGCUUCCGCUUCAGGGAAAACGAAAACUGUGGAAAAAAUGCUGGAAAAUCAUGCGAGUAUAAACAUGAAAGAUAAAAAAAGAUGGAGCUCUUUACUGCAUGCAGCAAGUAAUGGUCGGACUGACACUGUAAGACUGUUGCUAACUAAAACAGAGAACUGUAAUAUUGGAGACGAUCAUGGACGAAACGCCCUAAUGUUAGCAUCUUUUUAUGGAUAUACAGAAAUUGUUCAGCUUUUGAUUGAAAGUAAUGUCGAAAUUCAGACCGAAGACAAUGAAGGAAAAAAUGCAUUAAUGCUAUGUGCUAUGAACGGACAUACUGAAACAGCAGAGGUUUUAAUUCAAAAUGACAUAGAAAUUGACAGAAUGGAUAACCAUCACAGUAACGCUUUAAUUCAUGCUGCUUGUAAUGGACAUACUAAAAUUGUCAAACUGCUUAUUACCAACAAAGCAAAAGUUAAUAGCUUCGAUCGUUCUAAAUAUAAUGCUCUGAUGUAUGCAUCUUCAUACGGACACAAAAAUGUUGUUAAAAUAUUACUUGAAAAUAACGCGGAUUUGAAUUGUGUAAAUAGAGAUGGAUGGAACGCAUUUUUACUGGCUGCCUGGAAUGGACAGAAAGAGAUAAUGAGUUUAUUACUUAGUAAAAACGUUUCUUUAAAUAGCAAAGAUUUCAGUGGACGCAACAGCUUAAUGCUGGCAGUAUCUAAUGGACAAACCGAAACAGUUAAGUUUCUACUCCAUAAAAACAUCGAUGUUACGUGUAAAGACAAUGAUGGAUUUAAUGCUAUCAUGUACGCUGCAUCAAAUGGGCACAUUGAGACUUUAGAAGUUUUAUUAACUAUCGAAGCAGAUGUUAACUGCAAAGACUAUAAAGACCUCAGUUGUUUAAUGCACGCUGCUUCGAAUGGACAUAUAGAAACAGUUAAGCUGCUGCUAAAAAAGAAAGCUGACAUUAAAUAUAAAGAUAAUGAAGGAAUGAAUGUUUUAAUGCAUGCUGCAUCGCACGGACGCAGCAAAACUGUAAGUGAAUUACUUCAAUGUAACGCUGAUGUUAACAGCACAGAUAACAAUAACAUGACCCCUGUAAUGCAUGCAUCGUCCAAAGGUCACAAUGAUACUGUAAAGCUCUUGAUAGAGCGUCAAACAAACAUUUACAGUAAAGAUUUCAAGGGAUGGACCUGUCUAUCACACGCUGCUAAUAAUGGCCAUAAUACGACCGUCCAACUCUGGCUAGACAAUAAUGUGGACAUUAACAAAAAACAUAAAGAUGGAGGGAACGCUUUAAUGCUUGCCGCUAGUAGAGGCCAUUCUAUAACGGUAAAUAUUUUACUUGAAAACCAUGCAGAAAUAAAUGCUAAAGAUAAAAACGAGCGUAAUUCAUUAAUGAUGGCUGCAGCUAAUGGAAAUUUAGAAACAUUUAAUAUUUUACUUGAACGAGGAGCCGAUCUACACAAAAUUGACACAAAUCGUCAGAACGCGUUAAUGCAUGCUGUGCUUUAUGGGCGUAUUCAUAUCGUAAAAGUUUUAAUGCAACAAUAUACUGAAACUAUUUUCCAGGAUAUUAAGGAUAUUAAAGGAAGGGACGUUUUAUCUUUAGCUUCUAUUGAGGGACAUGUGGAUAUUGUCAAUUUACUUUUUAAUAAUAUAGUUAAUAUUAAUAUAAACUCUAAAGACUAUGAGGGAUGCACACCUUUAAUGCUUGCUUCUUCUAAUGGACAUAUAAAAAAUGUUAAAAUUCUGCUUGAGAAAAGGGCCGCAAUAAAUUGGCAGGAUAAGAGAGGAAAGACGGCGUUAAUGCAUGCAGCGUCUAAUGGGCAUAAAGAAAUUGUUAUCGUUUUAAUAAAUAACGAUUCAUCAGAACUAAAUUCAAAAGACGUUGAAGACCGUAACGCCUUAGAUCACGCUGUUGAUAACAAUCAUAUUGACGUAGCUAAACUGCUACUUAAAAAGAAGUUACAUAGUACUACAGCUUUAGGCAUUGCUUCAACUAAUGGACAAACUGAAAUUGUUGAAUUAUUAUUGAAAUGUGAGGCUCCAAUUAAUGCACAUAGCAAUCAUCCGACUAUUUCGCUUUGCAAUCGUACUGAUUAUCCAUUAAAUAAAGCUGUUGAAAACAGACAUAUUGACACUGUAAAGAUGUUACUGAAAUAUGGCGCUGACAUUAACCUCGGAUAUGUUACUGAAAUGAACUCUGUUGCUUUAGCCGUUUCCAAUGGAGACGAUGAUAUUGUAGAGGUUUUACUCACAACUAAGCCUUCCAAAAUAUAUAGGAAAAGAACACAAACAUGCAGUCCUCUAUUGUGGACAACAACAAGAGAACUUAAAGCAAAAAGCCAUGGAAAAUGUGCUUUAGGCAUUGCACAUGCGAUGGGAAAUAAACCAAUGAUCAGACUCUUACUAGAAUACAGAGAUGAACGUCUAUGUGACAAAUGCAAGGAAAUAAAACAUAUAACAGGUUCUGUGAAAUACGACUUGCCUGAUGAAAUACUGAAUAAGGUAAUUUCUGAACUAGAAGCUAACCAACUAUCCACUGUAUUAGGUAAGAACUGGGAAGGUGUCAUGUACAAUCUGGGUCUAUCAAACGUCGAGUUAGAACAAGAAAAGCAAACGAACGGCAAUGUCGUAUCAACAACGAUCAGCAGUUUGCUUAUCAGAUGGAAGCAGCGGUCGAAAGAAAAAGCUACAAUAGGAUUUUUGUUGAAAAUAUUCGAAGAUUCUGAAGAUAAAAAUCUUUCUUUUAUAGACUGGGAGAGAACUGGGAGGAUUUUUGAAAUAAGAUGA